GGGGGCGGAAUUGACGACUUUCUAGGAAGAACAUUGUCUGCGCCGUUGUUGCAGCCGACGUUUGUUCGACAUACCUUUUGGCUGUUUCGCGAGCUGUGUUGGGCCCCUUUAGAGCGACGGCGCGGUUGCUUGUGUGGCGUGGACGUAGGCAGGGUGGUCUGGUAGGUAGGUAGGACUGCCGCUUGCACGGGUGCGGCGGCCCGGCUUACAAGCACUCGCGCGGUAUGUCCUCGCCGCCCUCACCUUGGCUGGGGGCCGUCUCUUUUUUUGCGGGAAUGCUAUGCAACAACGCCUAUUCGCUCAAGCCCGUUGGAGAGUGUCGUGCAUUCCUUUGUCGCGCGUUGGUGGGCGUGGGAGCGAGCUCGGGGUGGUAGCAAAGACGGCAAAUCGCUCGAUCCCGAGAGCUUUCUCUGGGUGGGCAGCCCGCCUCAAGAUUGGCGGAUGCGUGAGAUAUUUCUUCUGGCUGAUAUAUGGCAAGCAAGUUUGCAGGGCGAAAAGGGAUGUCGAGAAGGAAAACGGAGGUGGACAAGCUGGGCGAACAUGUCGUCCAGUCCGGAGCUGCAGGAGAAAAGGCUAUGGGAAUCAGGAAUCGGGGCACAGGUCAAGCAAGGAAGCUAUGCUGGCUCGGCCAGACAAAGAUGGCUUUCCACUGGAUCGCACAGAUGCAGCUGCGAGCUUUGAAGCUCAGGUGGGCAUGGACAAGGGCAGCGGGGAGCAAGCAGUGGGCAGUUUGCGGGCGAGGACGAGGGCGAGGGCGAGGAGGGCAGUGGAGGCAAAUUGGGCAGCUAGCGAACAAGCUCAGCAAGCUUCCAAGUUGUGCAGCUUCUUCCCUGCCCGCCUAGACGUGGUGCCUGGGUUCCGUGUGGACGAUGGGAGGCGAGCGAGCACGCUUGCGGCGACUACCUUGGUACUAAGCAGCUUCGUCCAGGUCCGUCCAAUGCUACUUGUAUCCAUCUUCAUGAUUCGUACAGUACAUUCCUACCUCCGGUCCCAAGAGCCUACCUAGAACUGGGGCGCCAGGAAUAUGCCCGGAGUGUAUUCCACCGAUAGAGAUCAGGGCAUCUCUGCUAUGGCCAGCAUUUCCGUCGAAGGCGAUGGGAACCCCGCAUGGAAAUGUUGCCAAAUCCCAUAGGUAUAAGUGCUAAGGUUCCCGCUAACGAACAGGUCCU